AUGAUGAAGAAUUUCAUCACGCUUGCGGCCUUCGCGGCUGGUACCAACGCUCUUGUUGGUCGCAGUGACAGCUGUUGCUUCCACCUCACCUCUUCCGGGGGUGCUUCCGGUGAGCUUGGUCAACUGAGCGACGGUCAGAACCGCAUCGGCGAUAACAGCCUGUCGCCCGCCCAAUACUGCAUCGACUCCAAGGGUGCCAUCACCGAUGCCAAUGGCCGUGGUUGCAUUCUCACUCCCCCCACUACCCAGUUGCAGUGUGACGAGGGUGCCUCGCCCACCUCCGGCUUCUCUAUCAACUCUCAGGGUCAGCUCGAGUUCCAAGGCAGCACCGACUUUGUUGCCUGUGCUACUGGACAGAAUGGUGGUCUGAACGUCUACACCAACCCCAACAAGUCUGAUGUGACCGGCUGCGUGAGCGUCGAGCUGAGUGCCGAUUCCUGCUCUAACAACGGCUCGGGCUCUGGUUCCGGCGGCUCGUCAUCCGCCAGUGCUGGCCCAUCUCCUGCUCAGUCUACUCCCGCUGGCUCUGCUUCAACUCCCGGAGCCACUGGUGGUUCUGGCUCUGGUGGUCCUGGUGAAGGAUCUGGAUCUUCCACUCCUGCUCCCUCCGCUGGAGGCGGCGGCGGUAGCUCCCCCUCUAGCCCUGGCUCUGGCUCUGGCUCUGGCUCUUCCGUCCCCGCUUCUUCUGGUGGAGGUGGUGGUAGCUCGCCUUCCAGCCCUGGAUCCGGCUCCGGCUCCGGUUCUGGCUCUUCACCCUCGGAGUCUCCUCUCCCCGGCUCUCCCGUCACAGUCGUGAACACUAUUACCGUCACUGAUUGCAGCUGCUCUGCUACCUCCGCUGGUGGCAGUGGAGGCUCCGGCGAGCAGCCCGCUCCCUCCGCUAGCAUGCCUGCCCCAUCCGGUGGUGGUGGUAUCGCGCCAUCCGGAUCUGCUGGUGGCGGCGGCUCUGCCUCCGUUCCCUCCGGAUCUCAGCCCUCUGGAUCGGGUACAGUUCCCUCUUCCCCCGGUGGCGGUGGUGGCUCUCAGCCCAGCGGCUCUGGUGGCGCAUCUGUCCCCGGCAGCUCCGCAUCUUCCACUCCUUCAUCAACCGAGAAUUCCUGCCCUACCACCCUCACCACCGGCAGCUACGAGACUCCUCAUUUGAUCAUUCCCGUUGACUCCUCCUCGCCUGACUCUGCUCCCGGUACCUCCUUCAAUGGCACCGUGAGCUCGACCGUCUCGAGUGCUUUCAACUUCGAUAUCCCCUCCUCAGACUCGGGCAAGACUUGCAGCCUCGUGUUCCUAUUCCCUAAGCGCGAUGAGCUGGAGACCUCGUCUUUCAGCUUCAGUGGCAAUGGCCAGAUCGACUUUGCCCAGCUCUCUGCUCCUGUCGACGAGUCUACCUCUUUCAGCAGCCUGCCUUCCGUUUCCAAGGAUUUCGGCGAUAUGACUGUUUCCCCCGGCAACUCUUACGUUGUAUCCACGUUCGCUUGUCCCGCUGGCGAGACCGUCGCUUUCGAAAUGAAGGGCUCUGGCAGCACUGAUCUUAACUUCUUCCAGGACUGGAACCCCUCUCCUCUCGGCCUGUUCAUCACCACCUGCUAA